CUUCACCGUCUGCAUUUCCACCAUGUUUAAUUUUACCAAUGUCCUACAGUUGGUCCAGAGUUUGGAAAUGAUGCAGUUACUGGGUGUGGACAGAGUUGCCAUCUAUAAGAGCGACUGCAGCCCUGAAACACAGCGUGUACUGGACUACUACACAAAAAAAGGUUUAGUAGAGGUGAUUCCUUGGACGAUAUCGAACCAUCUGAAACCAUCUCGCGGCUGGCUGCCUAUGCAUGGUCCAGGUGACAUCCACUACUUGGGCCAGAUCCCCGCUCUCACCGACUGUGUCUACAGAUACAUGUACCAGUCCAGAUAUGUGUCCCUGCAGGAUACAGAUGAGCUCAUACUGCCUCAGUCUGUCAACAGCUGGUCGGACUUGCUGCCACAGUUGGAGAAGAAAUAUGGCGUUGACAAGUGCUACAUGUUUGAGAAUAACGUGUUCCCCAACACUGUCAUGCUGCCUCUUCCAGCCUCCCAAAAGCAGCAGAUAGAAAGUCCCGGCUGGAAGAAUGUACCUGGGGUGAACAUCCUGGCUCACCUCUACCAUGAACCCAUCAUAAAAAAGACGCAUGACAGCAACUUCAAGGUCAUCGUUAACCCCCGAGCUGUCUUCCGACCUACCGUCCACGGACUGCUGAAGUCAGAGAAAGGCUGCACCUGGGUUCACAGGAAUAUAGCUCGAAUGUACCACACAAGGUAG